AUGUCCGAAUUAGAGAAACUCAUAUAUAAAGCAACUGAUGGAUCUUUGACUAACGAUAAUUGGCAGUAUAUCCUUGACGUAUGUGAUUGCAUCUCCAGUAACCCUGAGACGAACACCAAGGAAGCUAUCACAAUAGUACAGAAGAGGCUAGCAAUGAAAGAUGCUAACGUCAUUCUUCGAGCGUUAUCAUUAUUAUUGGCCAUUGCUGAGAAUUGCGGCUCACGUAUGAAGCAGGAGAUAGCUUCGAGUUCAUUUUUACAAGAAUCAUUGUUGAAGAAAUUAGGAGAUCGAAAGUUGCAUAAGCAAGUGAAAUUCAGGAUUGCAGAAGUCAUAGUUCAGCUCAACAGUUCUUUCGAUAAUGAUCCUUCUUUAAAACCAAUUAAAGAUGCUUUCAAGAUUUUGAAAAGCAAGUAUGGUCAUUAUAUCAACUCUCCACCCAAUAAACCUGAAAAACAAGAGUUGUCAACAAGUGAGAGAAAAAAUGAAGAGAUGGAGAUGGAGAGGGCUCUCAAACUUUCAGUUCAGGAAUAUGAGAGGGAGCAGUCGAUCAAGAAAUCAUAUCUAAAUUCCAAGCCACUCCCAUCCUUCAGUGAAAGUGGAGUCCUUAUCAACCCUUCUCAGACCGAGAGACAAGAGGAUGUGAUCUCCUCAAAUACUCUGCAACAAAGAAAACCCUCCCUGGAAGACCAGCAGUCUGCUACAAUCGCGAGUGUGAAGAAGGUCUGCGCGUUAUAUGAUUUGAUUUCAUACGAACCCGACGAAUUGUCUUUCAAAAAAGGUGACGUGAUUACUGUAAUCGAAUCUGUUUAUCGCGAUUGGUGGAAGGGACUGUUGCCUUCUGGUAAAAUUGGCAUAUUUCCUUUGAACUAUGUGACACCAGUUGUAACAAAGUCUCCUGAAGAAAUAUCCCGGGAGACUGCUAUGGAGAAUCUUGUCCAGGAAAUUGAACUGAAAAAGGUGGAAAAGCUUCUAGCCUUGCUUUCUUCUAACCCAGACCAAGUGCCUGAAGACGAUGUCACUCUUCUCUACAAUGAGAUUAUUCCGCUACGAUCGAAUUUGGCAAAGUUUAUUAACAAGUACAGCACGAGAAAGGACGAGCUAAGGGUUCUCCACGACAAGGUAAACAAUGAGACCAGGUCGUACAAUGGCUACAUUGAUCAGAUUGUCGGGCAGAAAAAUCACACGCACUAUACUGGACCCUUACCAUAUCCAAUAAGCUCUGAUCAAGCUAAUCCUAUUGGUGAUCAAAUGCAAAUGGCAGGAUAUUUGGAGCAGCAGCCAACGAGUGCUGGUUUCGGAAAUGCGUAUGGACGGCCCGUUAAUAAUCAAUUUUUAUCCUCCAAUUACAACCUGGACUUUUCAGGCACUGGAGAAGCGGGUCCUUACCAUCAAGUGGUUGCUCCUCCAUCUGUUCAGGCACCAAAAUACCCAUUUAACGGAUAG